CUCUCACACACACACACACACACACACACACACACACACACACACACACACACACAAAAGCAAACAUAACUCUCUAGGACAUAAGUUGGAGAUAAACAUGUCCAGCUAUUCUCGGGUUAUCCAUCAUGCUACCAGUAUCCUGUGCAGCCACAAAGGCUCCAUGGACCUGUCUCAGCUCUACAGGAAGGUUUACCAACGAUUUGAUAUCAGCGACGAGCAUUUUUGGUUUAUAUUAAAAAAAUGUCCGAGAUUCGCGAUGGUCCGAAACAGAUCGAGUGCAGAAAAAGACGAGGCGGAUUUUAUCGUAGUGGCUAAAACAUCUCUGCGUCUGUGUAAAAGUUACACCAAACAGGACUGUUUCGGCUGCCAGGACCUGCAUCUGUGUAAAUAUUUCGUUUAUGGAAACUGCCGCUAUGGUAAAGGAAGGAAGGAAUGCAAGUUCUCCCAUAACAUUCAGUCUGAACAUAACUUUCCUCUUCUUCGUGAGUGCACUCUUCAUGAGCUUCAUGAGGAUGACCUCUUUCUCCUCCUGCUACAGAACGACCCUGCGCUACUACCUGAGGUUUGCUCCCACUACAAUAAGGGGUCUGGCCUGUUCGGGGCCUGUACCUUUAAGGAAAACUGCACUAAAGUGCACAUGUGCCAGCACUUUGUGCAGGACAACUGCAUCUUUGGCACCAAGUGCAAGCGGCUUCACUGCGUGGACGAGUACGGCCGCAGGAUGCUGGAGGAGCGCGGCCUCGGCAUGGACGUCAUCCAGGACUUACCUUACCUCUACCAGAACGUUUACCGCCUGAGUGCCAGUGCUACAGAUGCAGAGAGAAUUUCUGAGCCUGUAAGCAGAUCCCUAGAACUGUCAGAAGAGAAGAAUGAAAUUUGUCUCCACUUCAUCAGAAGAAACUGCAGAUUUCAGGAGCAAUGCAAACUGGUGCAUUUUAAUCUCCCAUAUAAAUGGGAGGUGAACGAGGGGAACGGAUGGAGGGAUCUGCAAGGGAUGGAGGACAUUGAACAAGCCUUUUGCGACCCCAAGAACACGUACGGUCCAGGCUCAAGGCCGGUGGAUUUCCAGACAAUGACAAGGUCUGGACAUCCAGUGCGCCGUCUGUCCACCGUCUCGUCCAUCACCAAGCCUUCUCACUACGUCCUGACCACACACUGGUUGUGGUACUACAAGGGAGACCAUGAUAACUGGAUUGAGUAUGGCAGGCCGGACGAUAAGCACCGCGUGACAUCUGUAAAGUCCUGUGAUCUGGAGGAAGUGUUUCUGACAGACAGCAAAGCUAAAGUUACAGUUCUAAAAGGCAACAGACAUUACUAUGUCAGUUUCGAAGAUAUGUACCAGAGAAACCCCAAACACAACACGAAGAGAAAAGUACGCCGGAGGCCCUGCUUCGUUUCCAUCAGCGAGGUGGAAAGCCAAAUAGUGUAGUGAAAACACACACACACACGUGUGUCUAUACCUACUGCAAUGAUUCUGUACAGCACUGAGUGACAGUCCAUGGCAUGUCCUUAUACACGGAGUACGUUCUCAAUGCAAACUGAAAACUGUUUAAUAAUAUGUAAUGUUUGUAUAAUGACUUAAAGUAAAGGCUUUAUCAUAAGCCAUGAGAGAAGUCUUAAUGAAAUGUAAUCAUCAUGUUCGUGCUGUUUAUGUUGAUCCAAAGUGAUCCAAACUAUAUUGGCAAACAAUGCAGUAUGUUAGUAUUUACAAUAUGUUACAUUUUAAAAAAAUAAAAAUCAAACAAACAUCGUGGACCCGAACAUUUAUCGGGUCAAACGUAAGUCUCUGCGCUGUCGCGGGUCAGAAUCAUUGUGUUACUGAUGAACGUGGAUAGUUUGAUUUAUCAGAAUGUGGUCAUUAAGGGAGGCCGAAAGGGGAAGAGGGAAUGAUGGCAAACUCUCCUUCCCAGUCUAUCAUAGUGACACCAGCCAGUCGUGGCCUUCAGUGAACAUCAUGAUGUAUGAGGAAGAGGGCUGAAUGCGCUGUGCUCUGACGCAGCAUGAGCAGCAGUUUGAAACGAUUCUGAUUCAUUCUGUCUCAUUCUGGAUUUAUGAGUCUCAGAGGAAGAAUUUUUAGCCUUCAUUCUUCCAGAUCGAGAGACAUGGAUGGACGUACGGAUGUGUAUUAGCAGGCGAUUCACUUGAGGGAGUCAUUUUCAUGUUUUCUUUUCCUCUCAGCGUAUCACAGGUCACUUCACAAUUUUGACAUGAAUUAAGAAUAAAAUACAAUUACAUUGCUGAAACACUUUCCCCUUUUAUUUCUAGCAAUAUGUUGGGUUAUUUUUUAUUUAACAGCUUUUCAUUUUCUUUUCAGUCUGUUACCAUCAGCAAUAAACAUUUCCUGCUAUUCUGCAA